GUUUUGGUUGGCUGUCCAAGAUCUGAAGAGGCAGCCUCUGGAGAACGUGGCAGAACGGGCUCGGGAGAUCUGGACAGAGUUUCUGGCAGAAGGAGCUUCCAGCUCCAUCAACCUGGACUCACACAGCUACGAACGCACCAGCGCCAACCUUAAAGACCCGGGGCGAUACAGCUACGAAGACGCUCAGGACCACAUCUAUAAGCUGAUGAAGAGUGACAGCUACACACGGUACCUCCGCUCCAACGCUUACCAGAACCUUCUGAUGGCCAGGAAGAAGCCUGAGACGGAGCAGCAGCAGGGAAGACGCACUCUGGAGAAGUUCACACGCAGCGUG